AUGCUGAAGUAUUUAUCUUUUAAGGAUAUAUUUCCCACAUGUAAGGAUUUGUAUCAUAAGAAUUCAUCACAAAACGGACUUAGUCAUAUAAAUGGGAAAAUAAAAACGCCUUGCAAUAAUUUUGAUAACAGUUUUAGAAGUAAUAAACAACAUAAUUAUAAUCUGGUACCUGAUUGCACCAAAUUUGGUCCUUAUUUGUAUAAAAUAAAAGAUUAUAGUGAAGAUAAAAGAAAACCUUAUUGUAAUUUUUUUAUCUACGAGCUAAAAAGACUAGUAAGGAAUAAAAAUCCUAAAUUUAAAAAGUUUGAUGAGCUUUACAAAAAAUUGAUAGAAACAUACGAAACUGCAGAUGUAAAAGGACUUGAUAUAUGUAAUGAUUAUAUAUCAUUAAUGAAUGAUACUGUGUAUGAUAUAUUCGAAAAGUUUGAUAAAUUAUACUAUAAUUUUAAAGACUUAAGAAGCGAGAAAAAUAAUAAACAUGUUUACGUUAAUGAAUGUGUAAAAAAAUAUGAGGAACUUAUAAAACUAGAUAAAACAAAAAUUAACAGUACUAUUAAGGAAGAACUGGAUAAAUUCAAAAGUGAUUUUCAUAAUUACUUGCGAGUAAGUGAAAACAAAUAUGAAGUUGAAUUAUUGAAUUCUUCCUUAGGAAAACUUGACACAAGCGCAACCACAGCAGAAGCAUUAUCAGGAGGUACUACGUAUUCAGUGACGUGGACAAGCACGGGUGUCUUAUUUUUUGCAAUAUUAAUAAUUAUAUUCAUCGUGUAUAAUUAUACUGCUUAUGGUACAUACUUACGCCCAGGGAAAAGAAAAUUAAAAAAUAUGUGGAAUAAAAAAAAUAAAAAACAUGACGAAUUAAUCAAUUUUUUUGAACGGACACAAAAAAAUAUAAUUCAAAAUAAGCACAAUAUAUUAUAUAACUCAGUAGAAUAUUCUUAA